CUCUUAGCAUAAUCCAGCAAACAUCCUUCUAUAGUCGUUCACUUUACUCCUCAUUCUUGUAAAACAGAAAAAUAUAUUACUCCUAAAAAAAGAAAAGGUUGCAUUUGGAUAAUAUAACCCUGCAAAUCAAACUCCGUGGAGUAUGGACUGUGGUGCAUUUGUAUAAAAAACAAUGGCUACUUCUUCAAUUUCUGCUACAUUAUCUCCUCUCACUCUUCGCAAUACAUCUUCUACCUCUACCAAACAUGAUUUCUCCACUACCUCUCUUUUGAAUUUCAGAAGAACCCUAACUGUCUCCCAAACCUUGGCAAACUCUUCGAAUUUCACAACUUUUGCUGCUCCUCAAGCUUUGGAGACUGUUCCUGAAUCAUUUCAGGAUGGUUCUGAGACUUCCACACUCAGCAUUGCUGCUGAUGCCGACCAGAUAGCUCCAAAGCAGAAGAUACGAAUCAAGUUGAGGUCCUACUGGGUUCCCUUGAUAGAGGACUCCUGCAAACAGAUCAUGGACGCUGCAAGGACGACAAAUGCGAAAACCAUGGGACCAGUGCCAUUGCCGACAAAGAAGAGGAUAUACUGUGUACUCAAGUCACCUCAUGUGCACAAGGAUGCCAGGUUUCAUUUUGAGAUCCGAACUCAUCAACGCCUGAUUGACAUAUUGUACCCGACGGCCCAGACAAUCGACUCAUUAAUGCAGCUUGAUCUCCCUGCGGGUGUCGAUGUAGAAGUUAAGCUCUGAAGAUUAAGGACUGACCUCGCCUCCAACUAGGACCAGUAAGAAUCCUCAGAUGUCAAUGGCUGCAGAUGCCGAUCCAAAUGCUUGUCUCGAAGGCUUGACUUUUUGCGUUAAUAAGUUGCAUAUUUUGAGCUAGUUUUGUUCAAGUUGUUUUUUGUAUCAAAAUGGAAGAGUUUUGCAAGCAUAUAUUCUGUAAAAAGUGCUAGUGCUUCCGGAA